GAACGUUUGGAUGAAAGCGUUUACGACAUUCCAAAACCUCGAUCUUCCAGAGGCCAACGUCAUGAUGAGGGAGAUGAAACUCAGGAGGAGGAUGCCGUGACCCCUGAUGGUCGUCGCUAUCCACUGCGCAACCGACGUCAAAAUUUUCCCUUCGCUAUGGAACAAAACGAAGUCUACACGCCAAUGAGGCAGCAACGAGAUUACCACAAUCAUGUUCAUCCAGACAGUAUUUCAACCUCCCUUUCUGACCGUGACAAUGAGGAAUCAGGUCGGUCCGAUCGAUAUCCUGCAACCUCGCGUCUACUCCAGUGCCCAACCUCCCGGCGAAAUGAUCACUCUGAAGAACAACUCAAGGAGUCAUACCGUCGACAGGCGGCUGAUCUCCUCCUACCCCUUAACUUCAAAUCUAUUGAGGAGAAGGCUCCCCUUCGGAAUUGA